AUGGCGGGAUCGAGUAACGUGUUAAAUAUAAUUGGAUUUGUACUUUGUAUAGCUGUUAUUAACAAGGAGAAUAUUAUCAGCGGUCAUAGAUUAAAUGUACCGAGAGUUUUACUCCCAAUUUUUAAUGACUUUCCGAUUAAUUUCACACUCGAGGUUACAGAAGAAGGAUGCUAUCAAUGGUCUACAUCACGGUCAGACAUUGUUCAGUUACUCCCUUUCAACGAAAAUGCAGAACAUACUUGCUCAUCUUCAGUCCUGGUACAGACUGUGACAAAGGAUUCUACUCGGAAUACUGCUAUUGUAUUAGCUGAGGAUAUUAAUACUGGACAGCUACUACGGUGCGAUGUUAUUGUAGAUGCAAUAUUUUCUCUUAAAAUUGUUACUACAACGCGGGAGUUAUUUAUUGAAGAAGCACCGGAGGCAUUUGAAGUGAGAGCAUAUGAUGAACAAGGAAAUGAGUUUACAACAUUGGCGGGCGUGGAAUUUACAUGGUCUAUCAAUAAUAUCGAUAAGCGAGGAUUAAUGACAGAUAACAAAUCAUUGAAUAACGUUUUACGAUUUAUGACUUUCCAAGAAUCACCUUACGAAACACCUACCACCAUCUCUGCACUUGAUUUAAGUGGCAAGAGGGGGCAUAUUGCUCUUUUAGAGGGAAUUCGAACUGGCACUGCAAAGGUGUCGGUCAAAUUACCUCAUACGGAAUAUAGGCAUAUACCUCCAGAUGAAGUAGAACUUAUUGUAGUUGCUAAUCUAAUAAUACUGCCAUCCGAUGUAACAAUGAUGACGUUUGAUUGUUUUAAAUAUAAAAUAAUGCAGGUUCAACAAGGUCGAUUAGAAAAUAUAAUUCUUCCCUCUAGUCAGUACUACUUAGAAGCCGAAAUUCCUGAAAUGUUGGAAAUAAGUGAUAACGAUGGUAGUACUUAUGCCCUGGCUAAAGGAAAAACUAAAGUUUUCUUAAAUGACAGAAAUGUAUAUGAAGAGUAUGGUGUUAUUUUGCCAUCUGCAACAGUUCAUGUUAACGAUGUAGCAUAUAUAAGAAUUGCAGUUUUGCCAAACAGAAAUUGGGCACUUAUUGUAGGACAACCUCAUGAAAUUAUUGUAGAACUGUUCGACGACAAGGAUCACAAAUUUCAUAUUGGUGAAGGAGUUGAAGUAAAUAUGGAAUUUGAAAAGCAAUACAUAGAUACUAAAUUUAUAACACAAAAUGGUACUUAUACAAUUGGUGUACCAUUGAUGCCUGGAACAACACUGGUUGAGGCUACAUUAUACGGUGUAAUUGACAAGCAAGGCAGGCGAAUAAACAUUUCUCCUCAUCUUACUGCAAGAGCAGAAUUUAUAAUACACCAUCCAGUUGUUGUUCAUCCUCACGUUUUGGCAGUUCCUUGGGAUGUUAAGAGUAAAUCACAGUAUGAUGCUUCUUUAAAAGCUAGUGGAGGAGACGGUUCGUACACAUGGAGUAGUCGAAAUCCGUCUAUAGUAGCAGUCACACAAAGUGGAAUUAUAAGAACUUUACAGAAAGGUUCAACAGAGGUAAUAGUCUCAAUGACUCGAAACCGAUACAACAGAGACAUGACUAAACUACAUGUGUUACCACCAUCCAAACUAGAAAUUAUACGAUACAGCAUGGAAGGUGCUGUAGGUGAACCGAUACAUAUACACAUUGCAUUGUAUGGUAGCAUAGUCAAUGGAGCAGAAACUAAAGAGAUACCGUUUAAUGAUUGUAAAAAUAUACCUUUCGAAGUGUAUAUUUCGGAAGAUAAUUUCGUACAGAAUCGUGAAAUCGGUGAAAUACAACCUGUUGGCAUUGCUUGUGCAACUAUUACAGUUGUUGCUACAAACGUUGGAACGUCCGGUAUAACCAUAGCAUAUAAUGCACAACCUCAAUAUUUAAUGGAUAACAUUACCAUAAUGGCUUACGAGCCUUUGAAGGCAGUUCACCCAGUUAGUGCAGAAACUUUGCUUGCUGUGGGAACUUCAAGAAAAAUAGUGUUCAGCGGUGGACCGUAUCCAUGGCCAGGAAAGUCACAGGGUUAUACCAGAGAAUUAAGAAAUAGCAAUGAAAAACUAGUUGAAACUAUGAAAUACCAAAGUUCAGAGACAAGUUCUGAUAUUGCUAUAUUCGAUGUCAUAUGUAAAGCAUUGGGUGAGGUGACCUUAACAUUCACUGUAUGGAACACUCCAUUAUUACCUAAUUGUAUGGGAACCGAAGCAUCUGCUGUUGUACGAGUGAUUUGUGGCAAACCAAGGUAUAUUUAUUUACAACCGGAAUUUAAAGAUGGCAGUAACUGCCCUAUUGGCCAAAACGCAGAUAGAAUAAUGGCUCAUGGGAACACAGACCUAGAAUUAACAGUCGUAGUUAAAGAUGAAGACGGAAGACAUUUUGACAACAUUACCAGCCUUUAUAUAGAAUGGGAUUUAAUCCCUUCAACUGCCAGUAAUGUCGAAGCAUCAAAUGGGGCGAUUGAAGAGACAUUUACCGAUAUGUAUGUUCAGUUGCCAAAGAGACACUUUCAACGCAUUAUACCCAGAAGACAUACUGGAUCAUUAACGGUACAUGCCAAAGUUACAGGAUACCAGAUGAAAAUUCUUAAGAAAUUAAAACUUUCAUCUGAAUGGCCACUGUUUCCUAUCGAAACACCAGAUGGUGCGUUAAUCACUCCAUUGAUAGAAGCUUCUGUGAAUAUUAUUUUAGUAAAUGAUACAGUAAUUACUCCAAAUGCGUUGACCAUUCUGAAUGAUCCCAAUGGAAAGUACAGUUUACAAGUUAGUCAGGGUUCAGGGUACUAUGAAUUUGUUUUGAGUUCUGAUGACAUAGCUGAUGUUCGAUAUAUUGAGCCAACAAAAACCAUAAGCAUUGUUCCUAAAAAAUCUGGCAGUCUGCACAUUGCUUUAGUAGAUCUUUGCCUCGUUUCAAACCCUGCAGAGGCCAUAAUUGAGGUGCAACAGCUGACCAGUAUAGAAGUGGAAGCUGUUAAUAAAGUCGAAAAGGGCAAAUGCAUCUCUUUGGCUUUGAAGUUCUAUGAUACAAAUGGAAAUAUUAUACAGUUGCCUUCAGUAGACGCCUUACAGAUUAAAGUGGAGAUUGAAAAUGGACAUAUUGACAUAAAAAAAUUACCACUUAGCGAGCAAGGUAGUCAACCUCUUGAUGAAAUACGUUACACCAUCUAUGGAGUAGAAGAGGGCGAAGCCCGUGUGACAUUUAGUAGUGGCGAAGAUGAUCAGGAAAUACGAAGCGAACCCUUCGUGGUGCAAGUUAUCCUUCCCUUGAAAGUAUCCCCGAAGAAUAUAACUGCAUUAGUCAGUACUAUUUAUCAAAUUGCUACGACUGGAGGUCCUACUGAUGCAGAAAUAGAAUUCAUUGCUGAAAAUGACGAAAUUGUAAAUGUUGAUCAGUAUGGCCUUUUUGAAGGAAAAUCGAUUGGCCAGUCUCGUAUCAUAGUCAGAGCGGUGGGCUUUAACAUGCAAGGAAAUAAAAUAGUGUAUUCACAGGACUAUGCCGAGGUUCAUGUAAUAUAUUUAGAUGGAAUCAAAAUAGUCGUCCCAACAACUAGAAUAAAGGUAGGGGCGACUGUCCCACUCUGGGCUUUUGGCAUUCCUGAACACUUGACGCCACUUGUCAUUGGAUCCAUGAAAUCACCUCUGAGAUUUAUCUGGAGUUCCAGUGAUCCAAAUUUAUUGAGCCUUCACAAUGUUUAUGAAAAUACCGGAAUUAAUAUCAGGUAUCAAAAUGAGGUAGCUAUUCGUGCAAAAGCCUUGAAAUCUGGAUUGGUGGCUGUGUACUUGAAUGUAACUGCACCGUCAAAAAUAUCAGGAUACAAAACAGACACUACUUAUUCUACAUUUGUGAGAAUUGACAUCUUCGAAGAACUAUCACUAGUGUUUCCUGAAAAUGCAAAUGGUACAUCAGUAUUGCUAAUGGCCCCAAAUUCUGUCAUGCAACUACAAACAAAUCGUGACAAACAUGGCUUAACUACUUAUAAAAUCCUCUCGAGUAGAUCUUCCAAUGAUUCGGACGAUCCAAAUGCUUUGAUCGCUGCUGUUAGAAGUGUUACUAUAGAAAAAAAUGGACUUGUUAGGUCAGGAGAUAUCUUUGGAAAAACAGUCAUUUCUGUUACGAACAUUGAAGCUCAUGGAUUGAAACAAACCUUGAUACUUGUCAUUGAUGUUAAGCCAAUUCAUUAUGUGAUGCUUUCGUUACAAUCAAAUCUACGGAUACGUAGUGGUGAAGAACUCAAUAUGCUUCCUAAGGGUAUGGAAUUGAAUUACAUACUUGAGUAUUAUGAUGCUGUUGGAGCAAAAUUUCAUGGAGCCAAUACGAAUUUAAAAGUUUUGGGAAGCCGAACCGAUUUGGUGUCAUUCGCCACCAUCCCAGAAAACAUAAUCACUGUCAAGUUCCUUGAUAAUGGCGAGUUGAUAACUAAAGUGUACAAUGAGAAGUAUCCUAAUGGAAUGUUUGACUAUGUGCGAAUGUUAAUUGGAGAUGUUCUUUUUCCAACAAAGACUACGUUAACAGUAGGAGACAUUGUGUGUUUCUCCAUGCCUUUGCUAUCUUCGGACGGAGAGCCAGGACAAUGGCAGUCAUCAGCUCCAGAGAUACUGAGCGUUGAUUCUAUUAAUGGUAUAGGUAGAGCACGUAAUUCAGGACAAACUAUAGUUAAGCAUAGUCUGGCUACGCAGGUUCAAGGUGAAAUAAAAGUUAAUGUUCAAGCAAUUUCUAAGAUAUCAAUUGUGCCAUUAAGAACAAGUAGCUUUGCUGGUAUGGAGACUUUCAGCAUACCGCUUGUACUAAAAAGUAAGGAUGAACGCAUAAAAGAAAAUAAUGUAUUGGCAAGAGGGCUUGGAGGAUGUCGUACUUACUCUUCAUUUAUACUUACUUCAUUCCCUUUCACAUGUAAUAUCGAAUUUGUUUCAUCUUUCACGUUUGUCAAUAUAAAGGAUAUUUUCCUUGCAAGACCUCGAUUCGAUAUUGUUACUGGAUUCUACUACUGUGAUAUUAUCCCAGUUUGCACACCCAGUGUGGUAUCUAGUACAUUGGAAGCACGUAUUAAGAUAAAUGCCCAAAGUCGUGAUAUCAACGGAGUACCAGUAGAAGUAACUUAUUUACCACCAAUUUAUGUCAGCACCAAAGAAAUUUUCUUUGUUUCAUCGCCAGUUCAAACAGUUCCCAGUGCAACAAUUGAGAUACAUGGAUUACGUCCAGUUUUGGAACACGUUGUGAUCGAUGCACCUGAUGGAAUCACUGUCAGCGAGCAACAAUUUGCAUCAAAAAAUGUGCUGCAAUACAAAGUACGGUUACUACAAAAUCAAGAAGAAUUACAAGGACAGAAAAUUAUAAUAUCAAACGACCUUACUAAACAAAAUAUUUCUAUCUUCAUUCGAGUAUCGAAGCAUGACCAUUUUGUCCAGGUGUUGGACGUUCACUGGCUGGAUUAUCUGUAUUUCCAUCGAUAUACCUUUGCAACAUUUAUUGUUCUAGUGGCCACCUACUUUUAUAUAUGGAAGAACAAAAUGUCAAAUAUUAACAUGACGAUUAAGAACAAAAGUAUCUUUGCUGAAAAAUGUCCUCCGCCAAUCAAGAAGACUCCAUGUUGCCCUACUCCAGGCAAUGUAUCGUGUACUCCCAGUCCACAUAGUCCAAGUACACCCUUUUCAGCGUUUGAGCCUGUGUAUGGUGAUCCACGUGGAUUUUAUACGCCGAAUUCUCGGAGAAGUAGGGCUUUACAUUAUUUUUCGCCACCAACACGAACGUGUUAAUGUUUUGACCAUGUAAAUGUUUUUUUUUUAUAAAAUUUCUUAUUCUGUAAGAUUAUGACAAGUACCUCCUAUGCUGCUCACAAAGGAAUGGCAUGACCUUGGCCUGUUGGCAUUGGUCACACUAUGAAUUAUUGCAAAUAGUUAAUUAUACAUUCAUUACAUAUUACGAGUAGGACUUGACUGAUUUAGAUACCUACAUGUGUAAGCAUAACUAGCUAACUUUUACAAAUUGCCAGAAAUAACAUUGAGCAAGUAUGUACACUGUGAAAGGAGGAAUGCACUGUAUAAAGAACAACUUAUUACUUGAUGUAGUUUAUAACUGGUAGCUAACAUGUAACGAAAAAGAAACGUGUACAAAGAGUAUUAUAAAUAAUGUUUAUUAAAAAGGUAAAUAUGUAUAAUGGAACAGUCACACAUUUCUCAGUCGCACAAGAAAAUAUAAUUUGUUUAAAUGA